AAUGGAUAGUCUACACACAAAAUAGAGGCAGUGUCCGUAGUUUCUGCACCACCAUAUGCGAACACAUCACAGAGGGAAAUAAGCAUAUUCUGAAUCCUCAAGGAAGCUGUAUUGAUCUCUUAAUUGACUUUGGCACUGGACGUAUUAAUCUGGUGAAAACACUGGCAAAAUUUUUUUGGGGCAAAUAUGCAGCAGAACCUUUGCCAGAAAAACUAGAUUGGCUGUCCAAAAUUACGGGAUUUCGAAUCAGACUCAAUCCAGAUGUGACUGAUGAUGAAAGUACUUCAAGAGAAAGGGUCAGAGACAGAGAACUUGAAUGUUUACUGAAUAUUGAUGGAGAAGUAGUGCAAGUGAACAAGCCAGAUAUUGAUAUAAG